AUGCUCGAUGAUUUCAAAAUCGAAACCGUGGUAGUGGGCUUAGAGGUUGCGACACUGCUUGUCACCUUAGAUGUAGUGACAGGGACGGUUGAGGACAAAGCGGUAGUACUCUGCUUGCUCGUUGGUGCAACAGAGGAGCUAGACUUUGUACCAGUCUUUGUGGACGAGACGAGUGAACCUGAUGAUUUCGAAGAAAUACUGGUUGUUUUACUAACCAAAGAACUUGUGGUAGGCUUGCUCGCUGUGCUUGAAGACUUGACGACCGAAGUUGAGAAUCCUUGGCUUGUCGUUGAUUUAGUGGAAAUCUUAGACGAGGUAGAAAUACCCGUAGUGGCAGUUCUUGAGGAAGUGUUUGCUGUACUUGUCUUAGUUGAAAGACCACUUGACGACGAUUUGCCAGUUGAUAGUGUUCGCGAUGAAGUUUUGGAAGCCGAAGGCGUGUUGGUUGUCUUCGAGCCAACCGAGACAGAUUGGGUGCUCUUUGAGGAUGAAGCAAUAGUUGCCGUGGUCUUGGAGGUAGAUCCUGCAGUCACGGAUUUAGUAGUCGAAGCAUUUUGA